CACAUAUAGCUAGAGAGAGUCACUAGAGGGUAGUAAAGAGUGACAAAAUGAAAGUUGUUUACUACCUCGUUGCCUUAUUGGCUUUGGCAUCCUCUGUUGCCUUUGCCUAUGAUCCUAGCCCCCUGCAAGACUUCUGUGUGGCAAUCAAUGAUACCAAAACUGGUGUAUUCGUGAAUGGAAAAUUCUGCAAAGAUCCUAAACUUGCCAAAGCCGAAGAUUUCUUCUUUUCAGGACUGGGACCUGGGAACACAUCAAAUCCACUUGGCUCAAAAGUGUCUCCAGUCACUGUGAAUGAAAUAUUAGGACUCAACACACUUGGUAUAUCCUUGGCACGCAUAGAUUUUGCACCAAAGGGUCUAAACCCUCCUCACACUCACCCUCGAGGCACAGAGAUCCUCGUUGUUGUGGAAGGUACUCUUCAUGUUGGAUUUGUCGAGUCCAAUCCCAAUAAUCGUCUUUUCACCAAAGUGCUGAAUAAGGGUGAUGUAUUUGUGUUCCCCAUUGGUCUCAUUCACUUCCAGCAAAACGUGGGUUAUGGUAAUGCUAUUGCCAUUGCUGGCCUUAGUAGCCAAAACCCAGGAGUUAUUACGAUUGCAAAUGCUGUGUUUGGAUCUAAACCACCUAUCUCUCCAGAAGUUCUCACCAAAGCUUUUCAGGUGGACAAAAACAUAAUCGACUAUCUUGAGAAGCAGUUUUGGUACAACAAUAGUUAAUUCAAGAACAGAACAUGAAUCAUCAUAUCAUCGUGCUUGGACCUUGGAUAAAUAAUUUUCUCAAAUUUGCCUCAUGAGGUCGAUUCUCUCAAAGUGAUUAAUACUAUAAUAAAUAAAAUGCAUGUCGGUAUUAUAUGUAACUGGUGUAAUUGUUCUGUGUGGAUUUCUUUUUUUUUUUUAUACAUGUUCUGUACUGUGGAUUUUAACUUGGUUUGAUAUAUCAAUGU